AUGGUCUACACCAAAACGUGGACCGAGUUUGAGAGUGCGGUCAUUGAUCUGUACAACCGCGCGCCGAGGAAGGCUCGGUAUGUCAUCAAGUUUGAGGCCAAGACGGGCAAGCUUGUGCUCAAGGUGACGGACGACAGCAAGUGCCUCAUGUACAAGACCCACUCGGCCAUCAUCCUGAACCGCUUCGAGACGCUCAACCACCGCCUCCUCUCCACCAUAGCCAACGCGCGACGCCGCGCGCCCACCGCGGCAUUGCUCAACUCGGGCUCGGGCGGUGCAGGGACGCCCGCAGUCGAGGGAGACGACCCAAUGGUCGGGUCGGGCGUCGCGUCGCCGGCAGCCCCGGGGACGCCAAAGCCUGCCCCGGCUGCUGAGGGCGGGAAGAAGAAGAAGAAGAAGAAGGGAAAGCGGUAG